AUGGCUUCUUCUUCUUCCUCUUACGGUUUUAUCCUAGUUUCUAUGGCACUUUGUGUUUCAUUUUCUUUUAGUCUCUGCCUCCACACAAUACAUCGACGCCAUUUGCCAACAACAACCAGUUAUAGACAAAGCCUUCUGCGUCCAAACUUUGAAAUAUUUCCUUUGGCUGCUUCUGCCACCACCACGUUUAAAGCGGCCCAAGCUGUGCUUCGCCUCGACAUAUCUUAUGCUGCUAAAUCUGCGGCUGCCAGUGCAAAAGCGGCAUCAGAAAGUCCAAACAUGAAGAAGCAGUUCGAGAGGUGUCAAGGUGAAUUUACGACCAUUAUAGGCAAUCUCAAGAGGGCCGGUUUUGAACUCAAGGAAGAUCCAAUCACUGCAAACUAUAGUAUCAAGAUCUGUAUCGAUAGCACCAAUACAGUGAGGAAUUUGGUCGGGAAAUAUAGCGACAAAGAUUCAAAGAAUGUGAUUAUCAUGACAUCGAUGAUGGAGAAGUUUCUUGAUAUCGCCGAGGGAGCCACCGUAGCUCUUGGUGGGUAA